AUGGGCGCGCAAGAUAAAUCCCAGGCGAGCUCCAAUUCGCUGCAGAGGGUUAAGGUCUAUCGCCUGAAUGAUGAUGGGAAAUGGGAUGACCAGGGAACUGGGCAUGUCAGCGUUGACUACUUGGAGAGAUCAGAAGAGCUUGGUUUGUUUGUAAUUGAUGAAGAAGACAAUGAGACACUUCUUUUACACCGGAUCAUGCCAGAUGACAUUUACAGAAAGCAAGAAGAUACAAUAAUUUCUUGGAGAGAUCCCGAGUAUUCGACGGAAAUAGCCCUAAGCUUUCAAGAGACUGCUGGGUGCUCAUACAUAUGGGAUCAUAUAUGUAGUGUGCAGCGAAGCCUUCAGUUUAACAAUCUCAAUAGUGAGACAUUUCACAGCAUGAACAGCGAGCUACGUGAAUUGCCUGCUGUUGAACUGUCUACACUUCCUUUGAUACUCAAGACAGUCUCUGAGAGUGGCAUUGCGGAUCAGAUGAGGUUGCAAGAACUUAUACUGAAUGAACCAGAGUUUUUCCGGAAGUUGAUGGAUCUUUUCCGGAUCUGUGAAGACUUGGAAAAUACGGACGGUCUUCACAUGAUUUUCAAAAUAGUGAAAGGGAUCAUUUUGCUCAAUAGUCCUCAAAUUUUUGAAAAGAUAUUCGGAGAUGAAUUUAUCAUGGAAAUCAUUGGUGCUCUUGAGUAUGACCCUGACGUUCCUCGUGUUCAACAUCAUCGUGAUUUCCUGAAAGAACAUGUUAUGUUUAAGGAGGCCAUUCCUAUUAAAGACACUGCUGUGCUGUCAAAAAUACAUCAGACAUACCGAAUUGGUUAUUUAAAGGAUGUUGUUUUGCCCAGAAUAUUGGAUGAGGGAACUGUUGCAAAUCUAAAUUCCAUAAUCCAUGGAAAUAAUGCUAUUGUGGUGUCGUUGUUAAAGGAUGAUGGUACGUUUAUUCAUGAAUUAUUUGCAAGGUUGAAGUCACCAAGCACAUCUGCAGAAUCAAAGAAAAAUCUGGUGUACUUCUUGCACGAGUUUUGCAGUUUAAGCAAGAGCUUGCAAAUGGUCCAGCAGCUUCGGCUGUUUAGGGAUCUUGUCAACGAGGGUCUCUUUGAUGUUGUCACUGAUGCUUUGCAGAAUGAGGACAAGAAACUUGUACUAACUGGGACAGAUAUCCUCAUUCUUUUCCUGAAUCAGGAUCCAAACCUUUUGCGAUCUUAUGUUGUUAGGCAAGAAGGCAUUACGCUUCUUGGUUUAUUGGUUAAAGGAAUGCUAACAGAUUUUGGAGAGGAUAUGCAUUGCCAAUUUCUCGAGAUUCUUAGGAGUUUGUUAGAUUCAUAUGCACUAUCUGGAGCUCAGAGAGAUAAUAUAAUUGAGAUUUUCUAUGAGAAGCACUUGGUCCAGUUGAUUGACGUGAUAACCGAAUCAUGUCCUGCUUGUGGCACUUCUGAAUCCGGGGGCACAUCUUCGGUAGAAGUUGGGAAACAAAAUGGCGUGAAGCCAGAGAUACUCUCCAGCAUAUGUGAAUUGCUAUGCUUUUGUGUUCUUCACCAUCCAUAUAGGAUAAAGUGUAACUUUCUUCUUAAUAACGUUAUAGAUAAAGUUUUGUUUCUAACUCGGAGGAAGGAAAAAUACCUAGUAGUAGCUGCUAUUCGGUUUAUCCGGACCAUUCUUUCUCGGCAUGAUGAGCACCUGAUAAAUCAUUUUGUCAAGAACAACCUUCUCAAGCCAAUUGUUGAUGUUUUUGCAAGCAACGGAAAUCGCUAUAAUCUGCUGAACUCUGCAGUUUUGGAGCUUUUUGAGUAUAUCCGUAAGGAAAACUUGAAACUAUUGGUCAAGUACAUAGUCGAUUCAUUCUGGAAUGAGUUGGUAAACUUUGAGCACUUGACCUCCAUUCAGUCUCUGAAAGUCAAGUAUGAGCAGUACUUAGAGAAUUCUGGGACGAGGAACACUGGUAGUAUCUCAGACCCGAGGAAAAGGGGGGAUGAGCGUGCUUUAGAAAAAGAAGAGGAAGAUUACUUUAACGAGGACAGCGAGGAAGAGGACACUGCAUCUGCAUCACAGACGACAAAAAGAGCACAAAGGCAACAACCGUCAUUGUCCAAUGGCAUUGCUGCAAGGCACCCAGCCUCAAGUCCAAGACCUGGGGCUGGACUCGUUGACUAUGAGGAUGACGAGGAUGACGAGGACUACAGACCGCCACCCCGAAAGCAACCCGAAACAUCCGAGGAGGAUGAAGGGAUGAUGGAGUCUCUCAGAUUGAAGCGUAAGUUGCCGCCUUCAAAGGAGAGGGAUCCAGCCGAGGUAUCAAAGAAGCAGCGCUUGAGCAAGACCUCCAAGACUAGGGAUAGUGUAUUUGCUGUUUUGUGCUCGACCCUCAGUCAGGCAGUGCUACCCGGGAAGAAGAGCACUACAGAUGGUGUUCGUAAAUCUGCAGCCCCUGCUGCAGCUGCCUCCCCACGUACUUCAGAUGAGACCAUCGAAGGAGAUAAUCAAGGAACUGAGCCGUCUCCUGUUUCUAGAGGGUGCCCUCCUGGUAGUAAGAGCAAUAGUGACUUGGUUGAGGGAAAUGAGAAUGAGAAGGAAGUUAUUGGGUUGUCCAGAAGCUGUUCGGCUGACUGUGUGAGCAGCAGUCCAUCGGAAGGUAGUAGGCAGUUAAACGGCGAGGAUGCCCCACUGAUACCUCCAAAGUCAUCACCGGAAAUGGCCGGUAAUGGAUCUUGA